CGAUAACUAACAAAUAAAUAAAACGGAGCUUCAGUUCGUUGACCAGGUGGUACGAUUCUAUCUUGUAAUUGAACAACUUCCCCUAGGCCCCGGGGAGAUCAUGUCAAAUGUCACUUGGAUAAGUCACAUACCAACUAUAUGAUGAUAUCUUCACUCGACCAGGAAGUGGUAGGACACGGUAUAUGAAAAAUGGCGGCAAAAGACCUCGCUCAAUGGGUCAACGAAUUCAGUACUCUCAUACGAGGGUUCCCCAUUAAAGAAUUCACCUUCGCCGCUUUCCCCAUCAUCUUCGCUAUUGUUGGUGGCCUUAUCCUCUAUAACACUCAUACGGACUAUUGGGAUAAACCAAAGCGGUACACCGUCCCGGCCCCGAAGAAGUCAGAUGAAAUAAAGAUCCUCGACAAUCCCACCGUCAAAGUCUCCGGCACAACCGCCAUCCAAUGCUACGCCCCGGCGACAGGCCAAUUCCUCGGCUUCGUGAACCCUUCUACGCCCGACGGCAUCGAUCGUGCCAUUGCCCAGUCAGCAGCGGCACAGGAGCAAUGGGCCAAGACUACGUUUAGCGAACGGAGGAAAGUGUUGCGAACUAUGCUGCAGCAUGUACUCGACAAUCAGGAACAGAUAUGCCAAGUAAGCUCUCUGGAUUCGGGCAAGACUAUGCUGGAUGCACAGCUAGGUGAGAUUAUGGUCACAGCUGAGAAAUUGGAAUGGACCAUCAAGCAUGGCGAGAAGGCUCUGCGUCCGAGCCGACGCCCGACAAACUUGCUUAUGGCAUAUAAGAAAAACACGGUUCAGUACGAACCCUUGGGUGUCGUGGCGGCUCUGGUCAGCUGGAAUUACCCCUUUCACAAUCUGAUGGGUCCCAUCAUCAGUGCUAUCUUUGCUGGGAACGGUAUUGUUGUGAAAGUUAGCGAGCAGACAUGCUGGAGUGCCGCAUACUACACAAGCAUUGCAAGGGGUGCGUUAGUAGCACAUGGUCAUGAUCCCCAGUUAAUACAGAGCGUUGUAUGCUGGCCCCAAACCGCUGGACAUCUAACGAGCCAUCCUGGUAUCAGUCACCUUACCUUCAUUGGUAGCCGGCCUGUAUGUCAUCAUGUUGCCUCAAGCGCAGCCAAAAGUCUUAUCCCUUUGGUCGCGGAACUCGGCGGCAAAGAUGCUGCCAUUAUCCUCGACUCAGCUAAAUCCGACCUCAAGCGGAUUGUGGAGACACUAUUGCGUGGAACUUUCCAAGCUUCGGGACAGAAUUGCAUUGGUAUUGAGCGAAUCAUCGCUGCACCCGGUGUUUACGACCAACUUGUGGCUAUGCUCGAACCUCGCGUUAAAGCCCUACGUCUCGGUCUCGAUAAAGAUGUUGGCGCUAUGGUCUCAGACGCCUCUUUCACUAGACUUGAAAAUUUAGUCAAAGACGCCGUAGAGAAUGGUGCGCGACUCCUUGCUGGUGGUACCCGAUACGUACAUCCCGAUCACCCGAAGGGCUUCUACUUCCAACCGACGCUUCUUGUAGACGUGACGCCCGACAUGUCAAUCGCGAAGGAAGAGUGUUUCGGGCCGAUCAUGACCAUCCUCCGGUCCCCUUCGUCCAGCGCCACUGAUCUCCUACGAUUGGCUAACGCGCCAGACUUCGGUCUGGGUGCCUCCGUCUACGGACGCGAUUCGGACCCGGUACUCAAGGAAGUCGUCCGCGGCGUGCGCGCAGGCGGUGUCGCCGUUAACGACUUCGCGGUGUUCUACGCCGUGCAGCUCCCGUUCGGCGGCGUCGGCGGGUCCGGAUACGGACGCUUCGCGGCCGAGGAGGGUCUUCGGGGCCUCUGCAAUCUGAAGAGCGUAUGCGAGGACCGGUUCGCGUUCUUAGGGAUACGGACUUCGAUCCCGCCGCCCGUGCGGUACCCCGUCGGGAGCCAGGAGCGCGGGUGGAGAUUCGCUAAGGGCGUCGUGGGCGUCGGGUACGCGCUUACGCUCGCGGGGAAGGUGAAAGGCGUCUUGGAUAUUCUGAGGAAUAUGUAGGAUGGGAAAACGGAGAUGUGAUCGAGGGGAUUUUGUAUGAAGGCAGUGUGAAAGUGACUGUAUCUGCAUACUUAGAUACCCCCGAGUACCUGACGUAUAUAUAAUAUUAAUCGUAUAAUUUGAACACAUAUCUGUUAUAUUAGGUAUUUAUCCCUUCCAGU